CCUGAAUGUGUUAACCAGCGGUGGACAACGCACUCACGUCUUUCACAGUGUAACCGAUCUUUCACAUUGGAAAAAAGUGAACGUACACAAAAGAAGGGUGAACCAGAAGACAGGGUUGGUUUUUCAUCUCACGGAACGCUGAAUAGCUUUACACUGGUUGCCGUUUCCGUCGGACCUUGGACACCGACGGACCAAACAAACGCUGUGCAUCUGGAUUAAAAUCCCGCCUGACACAAUUGUGCACAUCACUUUGUACAGAGAGUAAAUUUUACAAUCACAAUUCAAAAUGAAGUUUCGGGGGAAGAUCGUAGACAUCGCGUGUCUCAACCAUUUCAGCCGAGUCAUCACCACCAUCUCAAAGCUGACGAAGACGUGCAUCCUGCGACUGACUCCAGACAACCUCUUCUUUGUUCUCUGUGGGAAAGUGGCCAACGGAGGCGUCAGUAUGUGGUGUGAACUGUCUCAGGCCAACUUCUUUGACGAGUACCAGAUGGAGGGCAUGAACCCUGAGGACAAUGAGAUUUGUCUGGAGGUGGCUCCCGAGAACAUGUCCAGAGCCCUGAAGACGGUCCAGAACGCCAAGGUCGUCAAAGUGAAACUGACCAAAAAACAUUGUCCUUGCCUCACCAUCGUCGCCGAGCUGCCCACCCUGUCCAGCGUCAGCCGAGUUGUUACUCAUGACAUUCCAGUGGAUGUUAUCCCCCGGAGGCUCUGGCACGAAUUCAAAGAACCAACCGUGCCAGACUUUGAUGUGAGUAUCUACCUGCCUCCUCUGAAGACCAUGAAGAAUGUUGUGGACAGAAUGAAGAACCUCUCCAACUUCCUGCAGGUAAUCGAAGCCAACCUGAACGGAGAGAUGAACCUGAAGAUCGAGACUGAUCUGGUUUCUGUCACCACUCACUUCAAAGACCUGGGAAAUCCUCCCUGGGGUGACGGUGCCUCCCAGGGCAGCAGCUCGUCUCAGAGCAGGGACCCGGAGGCCAUGGCCGAGGCCCGGGUUGACAUCAGGAGGUUGCAGCAGUUCCUCAUGGGGCAGCAGGUCAACCCCAGCAAGGCCAUGUGCAACAUUGUCCAUGAGAAGGUGGUCCACCUGAUUCUGCUGCACGAUGACAUGUCGCUGCAGUACUUCAUCCCUGCCGUGGUGUAGACGCUCUGCAAACCGCUCAGGUCAUUUCUGGAGAACUGGGCUGCAGACCUGUUCCAGGUGUGUUCCCCACCUGAUGUCCUCCGUCAGGUGGAACCCAGAACGAUACGACACUGCUGACGUGUGGAUGUCUGUCCUACAUUUUAAUGAGCUUGACUCCAGCCCUCACAGAGAACCUCCGGACAGCAACACCCACCGACAUGCCGGUAAACACACACCUUCACAGAGGAAGGUGGAAACUGUGACACUGGGACAGUUGAGAUAAAAGACCAAACAGAACAAGGUGUGCACUUACUGUUUGACUUGUUUUGUAUUAAAAAUG